AUGCUCGAGCAAUUCCUCCCAGAGGCCAACCUCCCAGAGGCCGACGUGGCUCUCAACGUGUACGCCGAGCCCUCAGCUCGUCGCGCGGUGCUCGAGCCGCUGCGUGUCGUGGUCGGGCUCGCGAUCGGGCUGCCGCUCUUUGUGUGGGUCACGGAGCAGGUUCGCGGCAGCGAUCCGAGCCACGACGAGCCACCAGAACCGGAACCGGUGCCGGUGCUCAGCCCGACGAUAGUGUUUGUUGGCCUGCCGCUCGUCGUAAUAGGGCUCGCGAGCUUCGCCAUCGGCCUUCGCGACGGACUCAUGCCGGUUGGAGACCUCAUCGGCCGCAGACUUGUUCACAGCCAGCCCCGGAUGGUACCUUCAGUCGCAUUCACCUUGGGACUGCUGCUCACCUUCGGCGAGCCGGCGAUUGGGUCACUGAUCGAGCUUUCGUACGAGGCGUGGGAUUUCCCCGAGAUACAAGCACUGCUUGGGAAGCACCAGAUCUUGACCGUCGUCAGCAUCGGCGCCGGCGUGGGGCUUGCGAUGGCGGUCGGCGCCACGAGGCUCAGCAGCGGCGCCACGAAGCUGCCUCUCUGGCGGCUGGUGUCGCCGCUGGCGUUGCUAUGCCUGCUGAGCACUUGUGUCACGCCACCCGCCGCGCAGGGGCUUGCUUGGGAUGCUGGCGCGGUGACGACAGGUCCGAUCACGGUCCCCGUCAUUCUCGCGCUCGGCGCCGGCUUUGUCCGAGGGGGCGACUCGGGCUUUGGUCUCGUGGCCCUCGCCUCUCUCUUCCCGGUGCUGUCAAUCGCGUUCAGCUGCUACUCGAUCAAGCUGUGGGCGCACCUGACCGGCACCGACACCGCUUCGGAGCGGCCUGCGCGCGCCUCGCCCGCCGGCAGCCUCCUCGAGGUUGCGCGCGCGGAGGCGCAGCUCACGGCGCAGUCCUUCCUGCCCCUGAGCGUCGGGCUGGCGGCCGUCGUCCUCUACUUGCGCUUGCCCCUCCGAGCGGUGGCGCGCCGCCCCGUCCCGCUCGGCCUGGCGCGAGUGCUCUUCGGCCUCUACACCUUUUACGUCGGCAUCAAGCUGGGCCUCCUCCCAAUGGGCCGCAACGGAGGCGCUCGCCUCGUGCGCGGCGUGAUCCAGCCAGACGGCGCCGUCCACCCUGCUCGCGCGGUCGGCGUGUGUGCGUUCGGCGUCCUCACCAUCGGGGCGUGCCAGAUGAUCGAGCCCGACCUGCUCGUGCUGGGCAGCCAGGCGGAGCGGCUCUCUGCGGGGCGCGUGCCGAAGAUGCGGCUGGUCGCGACGGUCGCCGCAGGCUGCGGGCUCGGCACCGUGAUUGGCAUCGUGAAGGUGCUCCUCAACCUCCCGCUCCUCCCCAUCCUGCUCGCCCUCUACACGCUCGCGCUCGCCCUCACCUACAAGCAGGACGACUUCCUCGUCGGCCUCGCGUGGGACGCGGCCGGCACAUCGACCGGGAGCAUCACCGUCCCGCUCAUCCUCGCGCUGGGCCUCGGCAUCGCCGAGCAGGUGGGCGCGGCCGAAGGCGGCGCGCCGAAAUAUUCGCCGUUGGGGCCGCUCGGCAUCCUGGGUUGCGCCUCGGCGGCGCCCAUCUGCACCGUCCUCGUGUGGUUUCGUGGGAUGAGCUUGUGA